AUGUACUUGUUCAGGCCAAGAUCCGGUUACCUGCCCGUUCCUGUCCGUCAGGAAUCGCCCGGUAGUUCAAGUUCAAAAUCCGUUGCCAGCACCACAAGCAGAGUCUGUCGUCUGCUUGUGCUCCCAGCAGUUGCCGUGGUCUCAUGCGCUCUCGGCUUCUCUGUGGGGACAAGGACCUCUGUGCCAGCUUGCUCGAAUGGAGACAGUGCCUUUCUACAGCCAACAAAACUUGACAUUGCUAUCCCCACUAUCAACACGGCGUUCAAGUACAACCGCACCUUCAGCGAGGAUCCGUGGAACAAUAGCAUCACGGAGGAAGCUUGGGAGAGUAUCGUUCCUGUGGGACAAGGAUCCGUCCGAUAUCCUGCCGCAAUGCCGCAGGUCUAUACUCUCUCUGUCGUGCAUCAGCUUCACUGUUUGUGGUCCAUUCAUAGGAACUACUACACGAGCCUGCGGCCUCAGCCUGCGGACCACGACGAUUCGGACGAAAGCAUGGCCCGGCAUAUGAGGCACUGCUUCGAUUACCUGCGCCAAAGCCUGAUGUGUGCCGCGGAUGCGACCCUCGAGCCGGUUGACCCGGCUCUUGGCGGCGUGACCGGCUGGCACAAUCCCCGGGUUUGUCGUGACUACAAUGCUUUGGCGGCGUGGGCGGCCGCGCAUCGGGUAAGCAAUCUCCGGGGUUUCCUCCAGACCCCGGGCGAGCAUUCGCAUGGAAAGCAAUGAUAAGAAUCUCAUCACAGUGGAUGGGAAUGGGUAAGCCAGCCUCAGGUUACCGUAUUUACGCCUUGAAUAUCCGACAUGUAUGUACC